CCCACGGCUUCCAUUUCUGUUCUGGAACACACGAGCCCUCGCGAAGAAUACACAUUUGCUUUUUUGAAUUUGUCUUCUAAUGUAAAUAGAGUAGUUAGUGCGACAUACUGACGAAGUGAAACCUAUUUCUGUUUGGAUAAAUAAUGUUGUUGUUUUUUCGCUAAAGGACACGUUUGAGCUCCAGAAGAAACGAGGCGGGCUUUUAUUCCCCAUUUUAACUUUAGUGAACGGCGUUUUCCGCCGUUUUUUUUAUUCCCUCCCCUGCCCCUCUCUCUCGCUCCCCCCUUCGAGAGUCGCGGCCUGUAGUGCAGCCACGAGGCGCGUCGGACCACCUGGAAUCAGGCGAUGGCGGAGUUUGGUAACGGACUAGCAGAGGAAUCCCUGCUGGACUCAGACCCGGGACACUCAGAACUUGAAGACCCAGGCGUCGGAGAUGAAGAACCGGGAUUAGACGAAGGAGAGGCCGCUAUUGAAGAUCCGGAGCUGGAGGCAAUUAAAGCCCGGGUGAGAGAGAUGGAGGAGGAGGCAGAGAAACUGAAGGAGCUACAGAAUGAGGUGGAGAAACAGAUGAAUCUCAGUCCUCCACCUGCUGGCCCUGUCAUUAUGUCCAUUGAAGAGAAGAUGGAAGCAGAUGGCAGAUCUAUUUAUGUUGGAAAUGUGGAUUAUGGUGCGACGGCAGAGGAGUUGGAGGCGCAUUUCCAUGGCUGUGGUUCCGUAAACAGAGUCACCAUCUUAUGUGACAAGUUUACAGGACACCCUAAAGGGUUUGCAUAUAUAGAGUUCGCAGACAAGGAGUCUGUUAGGACAGCUAUGGCACUGGAUGAGUCUUUAUUCAGAGGAAGGCAAAUUAAGGUUGGGGCCAAGAGAACAAAUCGUCCUGGCAUUAGCACCACAGACCGCGGUUUCCCUCGGGCCCGCUUCCGCUCACGGGGAGGAAACUUCUCAUCACGUGCACGCUACUACAGUGGCUAUACCCCUCCCAGAGGCAGAGGACGGGCCUUCAGGGGCCGAGGGCGAACAACAUCGUGGUACUCCCCCUACUAAUACCUCCCCGCCCCCCUAUGAAAUCCCCCUUUACUAUCAUCCCAUAUCCCUAUAUAAAAGAAAAAAAGACCCCUAUCAAAAAAGGAAGAAAAAAAAAAGACAAAAAGGGGGGGGGCCUCUCCAGGAAAGACAGACUGACUGGCCGCAGUGUGCGAUUGUGUGUGCGCGUGCGUGUGAGGAGGUGUUGCGAUCACCCUGGUAAGGUACAAUAUGGCCGUUGGGGAGAUUGGUGGCAUUUAUUUUAUUACAUUUGAGAAGAUGUAAUCUCAGGCUGCAGAUGUGUGUCCUUUUGUCUGGCUGUGAUUUUUCUCUCAACAAACAGCCCCUCUUAUGUUUGCACUCAAAAGGCAAACAGAGGAAAAAAAAAAAAUGUUAACUUUUUUUUUUUUUUUUUUUUUUUGUAAUGAUUGUAAAGUGAAUAUGUGAAAAAUUGAAUGGCAAGAAUGUUGUUGUUUUCACCAAGUUGUGCUAUUUGAGAUCAUAUUCUCUUAUUAUUUUUCUGUGCUCUCUGGAAUCCCUUUUCCUUCUCAGCACUGGUUUCUUUCCUGCUCAUCCCUCACUCGGAUUACUUCCUCCACCUGUGUUAUUCCGACAGUGGUUUUAGAGUUCGGCGUUUUUACGUUUUACUGUUCUUGAACCAUCUUCCACGCAAUACGACUAUUGUUAGAUGACAUGGCCUGAGCUCCGAGAUCUUUUCUUUU